CCACACCAUCACACUCCACUAGCUUAACCACACCGCCGACACUCAUCUGAUCACCCACUAGCUAGCUAGCAGCUUAAGGAACUUCCAGCUAGCGAUCGAUGGCUCGUCUCAACAGCAAGGCUGUGGUGUCCGCCGUGGUCCUGGCGGCGGUGGUGCUAAUGAUGGCCGGCAGGGAGGCGACGGCACUGUCGUGCGGGCAGGUGGACUCCAAGCUCGCGCCGUGCGUGUCGUACGUGACGGGGAAGGCGCCCUCGAUCAGCAAGGAGUGCUGCUCCGGUGUGCAGGGGCUGAACGGCCUGGCCCGCAGCAGCCCGGACCGCAAGAUAGCGUGCAGGUGCCUCAAGAGCCUCGCCACCAGCAUCAAGUCCAUCAACAUGGACAAGGUCUCCGGCGUGCCCGGCAAGUGCGGCGUCAGCGUGCCCUUCCCCAUCAGCAUGUCCACCAACUGCAACAAUGUCAACUAGUUCAAUAUAUAACCCUUCCGACGUGCAUGCAAGGACGCGCUUGUGUGGAGCUUAAUGUCUACGUUGAUGGAGUGCUCAUACGAUACUGAGCUACUAAAUAAUAAAAUGAAGUUGCUUGCGUGUGUUAUUUCAGUACUGUGUCACUGUGUGUCUGUGUCCAUGUCUGUACCUUGCGCACACACUGUGUGUGCAUAUAUAUUUAUGCGACAUGUAUGCAUGCGUCCGUAUGCGUGAGUGAACUGUCAACUCUUUGCUGUACUCUAGUGUAGCCGAUGUGUACGUGUGAUGUGCCUGACCUACUUGUUCAGGCAAUUAAUGAAUAGUAAUUAUUUUCCUAA